CGGCCGAGCGCGCUACAGUGCGAGGUUCCGGAAGCGACGGGAGCCGGAGUCAGGCACCAGACUUGGACACCUCGGACCGCCCGCAUCCCAGGAGCCCUCGCGAUUCCGAGGUCCUCGCGAGCGUAGCCGGGAGGGCGCACGUGUUGGGAGCAACAUGCCCAAGUCCAAGCGCGACAAGAAGGUGUCCCUGACCAAGACGGCCAAGAAGGGCCUGGAACUCAAGCAGAACCUGAUCGGGGAGCUUCGAAAAUGUGUGGACGUGUACAAAUACCUUUUCAUCUUCUCUGUGGCAAACAUGAGGAACAGCAAAUUGAAGGAUAUCAGGAAUGCAUGGAAGCACAGCAGGAUAUUCUUUGGCAAGAACAAAGUCAUGAUGGUGGCUUUGGGUCGAGGUCCUGCUGAUGAGUAUAAAGACAACCUGCAUCAGGUCAGCAAGAAGCUGAGGGGUGAAGUCGGCCUCUUGUUCACCAACAGAACAAAGAAGGAAGUGAACGAGUGGUUCAGUAAGUAUACCGAGAUGGAUUACGCGCGGGCAGGUAACAAAGCCACCUUCACUGUUGGCCUGGACGCGGGGCCCCUGGAACAGUUCCCCCACUCAAUGGAGCCCCAGCUGAGGCAGCUCGGCCUGCCCACUGCCCUCAAGAAAGGUGUGGUGACCCUGCUCUCUGACUACCAAGUGUGCAAGGAGGGUGAUGUGCUGACCCCUGAGCAGGCCCGAGUCCUGAAGCUGUUUGGGUUCGAAAUGGCCGAGUUCAGAGUUAACAUCAAGUACUUGUGGCAGGCUGAGUCAGGCAAGUUCGAGCACCUAGGGGAGGGCGCAGAGGAGGAGGAUAACGACGACGACAGCUCCUCAAAGGAGUCGGAGGACUCGGAGGAUGACUGAGUGGUGGGCUCAGGCCAGGAUGCCUCCCUUCGCUAUGGGAGCAGAGACUCAUUCUGCAGGACUCUCAGGAGGAAGAGAGGAGCAGCACCCUCAGGACUGUACUUUUACAUGGAAUAAAGCCUUGUCCAUGGACUGGGCAUCCCUGGGGGCAAAGGGAAAGGGUGGCUUCCUGCCGGAGGCCUGCUGCCCCUUCUCUUUGGUUCUCAGCCCCAACUCCACAAGCCCUACAGGUCCCUGGCCUGGUUUCCCAGCUCCACCCUCUCUGCCUUCUCCCAGAUGUCUGGGACAGAAAGUGUCCGAGGGGGGAGAUGGCAGCCCCUGGCACUUGCUGAGCUUCAGGCCCCCACGCAGUAGGGCAGAUGCACACAGAAGGCUCUGCCAGCUGGGGAUAGUCAACCUGGGACCUACAGUCACUCAGAAGAUGGAGUAGACAACGGCCAACUAUAGGAAGCAUUUGUGUCCCAAGUGCGUGUUGAGGACACAGAAGACAGCCAAAGAGUUGCGGGGGAGAAUCCCCAGCAUUGGCCCUCCCGGGCCAGUUGGAGGGGAGCUGUGCUUCAGGUUCUUGUGGCCAACAAGACGGGCUCUGCCAAUCCCAGGCUCGACUUGGGACCCACAAACUUCCCUUUGGGCAGGGGGAGGUUUCUGGCACUUAGAGGGACACAUGUAAGACCAUUAAACAGUUUUCUGUGCGCAAA